AAAGUUCGGAACAACUAGCUCUGCCCAUGGUGGCGACUGGUGAAGCUUUUCUUAUUUGCCAAUCUCUGGUCUUCUAGCUGUUGGCGAAAGCUUGCCCGUUCCCUCACAAAUGGCUUCUUCUCCAUCAAUCAACACCAACACUUCCUCACUCCUCAAAACCCAACCAGAACUUCCCAAUCCCAAAUCCCUAAAAACCACAAUUCACAAAACCCUCAAACCAUAUAACCCAACACACAAACAGAAACCACUUUCUCUCAACUCCACCCUCAAACCCACAUCACAAUCUCACAUACCCACAAACCACUUUGAUCUCUCUCCACAUCACUCUCAACUCCCCAUUCCCCAGAAACCCACUUCAAGAAUCUCACCCCUUGUAAAAUUCUCCACCUUUUGCACAGAAAAGAUUGUAGUUUUCCUCAUUGGUUCAUUCCUCUUCAUGGGUUUUCUUGGUACUAGGCCAGUUGUUGCAGUACCAGCUGAAAAGAGCUGUUACAGUGAAAAAAUGGAAGGAAAGAGAGAGACCCGGGAUGGGAAGGUCGAAGAUGAAGAGAUGUAUGUGAAGUUAGUGGAAGAGGAUCCAAGAAAUGUUGAAGCGGUGAAGAUGGUUUUCCAUGAAAAGAUUAGGAGAGGGAAGAGUAAGGAGGGUUUGGAGUAUGUGAAGAGGUUGGUUGAUUUGCAACCGGGCGAAGUUGAAUGGCGGCUUUUGGAGGCUCUUUGUUAUGAGAUGAUGGGGGAGUUGAGUGAGGCUAAGAAGCUGUUCAAGUGUAUUUUGGCCGAGAGGCCUUUGUUGGUCAGAGCUUUGCAUGGUUUGGCAAUGGUGAUGCACAAGAACCGUGAAGGACCAGCUGUGUUUGAGAUGCUGAAUAAGGCUUUAGAAGUUGCUUGUCAUGAGAAAAGAGUCACCGUAGAGAGAAACAUUAGAAUUUUAAUUGCACAAAUGCAUGUUGUAAAGGGGGAAUUGGAGGAGGGCUUGAGGAAACUUCAAGUUUUGGUUGAUGAAAACCCUAGGGAUUUUCGGCCGUAUCUUUGCCAGGUAAUAGUCUACAGUUUACUAAACAAGAAGGAGGAAGCUGAGAAGCAGUUCGACAUAUAUCGAAGUCUCGUGCCAGAAGAAUUUCCACAGAAAGGAUUCCUUGAUGAUGUUGUAUUGGAAGCGAUAACAAGUUCUCGGCAACAGCUUGAGAAGGAGUUACAGAGCUGAAUUCUCCUGCGAAAAACUAAUCAAAGCUUCUUCGGUAUUACGACUUGUUUGUUUCUUUUUUUUUCUAGGAUUAGCUUGUACAAGGAUGGAAUGCAUUUCCAGAAUGAGGUAUUGUGCUUGUUAUUUUGCUCAAAUAAGCCUUUCUUUCUUUUUUUUGUGGAAAAGGGUAAUGUUGGUUGCAUAGAAAUGUUUGGAAAGGAAGAGAACACUGGUGGAACUUUACUUCACAGGAUAGUGGUGUAAAUAGCUAUUUUUGACCUUUGCGA